UAAUGGUAGAGAAGAGAAGACGACUAAAACGACAACGUACUCAUAACGUUUGCGGUCUUUUCAAUUUUUCAUUAGAGCGCCCUGCACGGCGGUUACGAUCGAUCGUCCCCGCGAGGAGCAUCAACCGAAAAAGAAACCAAAGAAUAUUCAAAUCCACAAUUUCCAUUAGCAGCUAUCGGCUUUCUCUUCUUUCUCUUAUCUACAUUGCUCCCGUUCUCUCUCCGGCCUAUACAUACACAUUUAUGAUAUCUAUAUAGUAACAGCCGGCAAGAGGUAACUGCUCAGACUUAUUACGUUCUCUAGAAUCCAUAUUAUUGUUAUUAUGCGAAUCAAAAGUCUCGAAUUCCUCCGACGCCCUUGAUCCGAUCGAUCGAACGAACAUCGCAUGUGGAAAUGUCAUGGGGACUGGGCUGGAAACGUCCCUCGGAGGUUUUCCACCUGGCUCUGAGCUACGGCUCCGACGAGUUCCCGGAUGAGGGCUCGCCCAAGUCGUCUCGAUCGUCGUCGUCGCAAUCCGGGGGUUCGCCGCUCUCUGAUGCCUCUCCGACCAAGUUGUUUCAGGAAGCGCAGCAGCAGUUGGGGUUUAGGAUUGAGAUUGAUUGGAAUGCGGGUGAUGAUGAGGAUCAAGUGGCGCUCAAGCUGCAGUCGCAGCUCAUGGUGGGGCUGCCGUCUCCGCAAGAUACGGUGGAGAUCGAGCUCACCGAGAGGUGCGAGAGCGGAGAUGUUGAGGGUUGUGGAAAGGGGGAGGUAGGCGUGGAAAUGAGGGUGGUUAAGAGGAGGGAGCCUUUGAAAGGGGUGUUGAUGUGGAAGGCGGGGACUUCUGGCCAUCAAGCUGAUGGUGUUGGGGUGUUCUUGAAGUUGAUGAGGUCCAAUUUCUGCAAUGAUGUUGUUGGGUCCACUAAUGGUGGUGAGGAAAUAGUUGGAGGCUGUGCUGAGCAUUGGCGGAGUGUCACUGUUGUUAGCCUCUCUGGUCUUGGACUAACAGUGUUGCCUGUAGAGAUAGCACAUCUCUCUCUUCUUGAAAGGCUGUACCUUGACAACAACAAGCUGUCAACUUUACCACCUGAGCUUGGUGAGCUGAAGAACUUGAAAGUGCUUGCUGCUGACUGUAACAUAUUGGUCUCUGUCCCUGUCAAGUUGAGAGAAUGUGUUGGGCUAGUAGAAUUGUCACUCGAACAUAACAAGCUGGUCCGACCUCUUCUUGAUUUCAGGGCUAUGAUUGACUUACGUGUUCUAAGGCUAUUUGGCAAUCCUCUAGAAUUUCUUCCAGAUAUAUUACCACUGCACAAACUACGCAACUUAUCUCUUGCCAAUAUUAGGAUUGUGGCAGAUGACCUUUUAAGAUCUGUAAAUGUACAGAUAGAGAUGGAGAAUAGUUCUUACUUCACAGCAUCCCGACAUAAACUGAGUGCCUUCUUCUCUCUCAUAUUCCGGUUCUCUUCUUGUCACCAUCCGCUGCUAGCAUCUGCCCUGGCUAAGAUUAUGCAAGACGAGGGACAUCGUACAUUUGUUGGUAAAGAUGAGAAUGCUGUGAGGCAGCUCAUAAGUAUGAUAACUAGUGAAAAUCAGCACGUGGUGAAUCAAGCUUGCUCUGCACUUACUACUCUUGCGUCAGAUGUUACUGUGGCAAUGAUGUUAAUGAAAUCUGAUAUCAUGCAACCCAUUGAAAGAGUACUUACAUCUUCUGGACCUGAGGAAGUGAUUUCUGUGUUGGAAGUAUUCACUAAGUUGGCUUUUGCAUCUGAUACUGUUUCUCAAAAGAUGUUUAGAAGGGAUAUAUUGAAGUCAUUGAAAAUUUUAUGUGCCCACAAAAAUUCAGAGGUACAAAGGCUAGCUUUAUUUGCAGUCGGAAAUUUAGCUUUCAACUUGGAAAACCGUCGUGUUCUUGUUACUUCAGAAAGUCUAAGAGAACUUCUUUUGCAUCUGACAUCUGCAUCAGAGUCUCGUGUGAGCAAGGCUGCGGCUCGUGCUCUGGCAAUUCUAGGGGAGAAUGAGGUUUUACGGCGUGCUAUUAGAGGUAGACAGGUGCCCAAACAGGGGUUACGCAUACUUGCGAUGGAUGGUGGUGGCAUGAAAGGUCUUGCAACUGUAAAAAUUCUUAAAGAGAUUGAGAAGGGUACUGGAAAGCAGAUACAUGAACUUUUUGACCUUAUUUGUGGAACAUCAACGGGUGGCAUGCUUGCAGUUGCUCUUGGAAUCAAAUUGAUGUCUUUAGAAAAAUGUGAAGAAAUAUACAAAAAACUUGGAAAACUUGUUUUUGCUGAACCUGUUCCAAAGGACAAUGAAGCUGCAUCUUGGAGGGAAAAACUUGAUCAGCUCUAUAAAAGUUCCUCACAAAGUUUCAGAGUUGUUGUGCAUGGAUCUAAACACAGUGCAGAUCAGUUUGAGAGAUUGUUGAAAGAGAUGUGUGCUGAUGAAGAUGGAGAUCUCCUAAUAGAGUCAUCAGUGAAAAGGACCCCUAAAGUUUUUGUAGUAUCAACUCUUGUCAAUGUGUCACCAGCUCAACCCUUCAUAUUCCGUAAUUAUCAGUAUCCACCUGGCACAGCAGAGAUUUCUCCUUCAAUCACAGAGAAUAUGGGAACUGGAGGUGUAGGAGCAGCAAGUACAGGUGCUGAAAUUGGUUAUAAGCGUAAUGCUUUCAUUGGAAGCUGUAAGCAUCAUAUUUGGCAAGCCAUACGAGCAUCAUCUGCUGCGCCAUAUUAUCUUGAUGAUUUUUCUGAUGGAGUAUACCGUUGGCAAGAUGGUGCUAUUGUAGCAAAUAAUCCUACUGUUUUUGCCAUUCGUGAAGCACAGCUAUUGUGGCCAGAUGCAAGAAUUGACUGCUUAGUUUCUGUAGGAUGCGGUUCUGUUGUAACUAAGGUUCGGAAAGGUGGAUGGCGAUAUCUGGAUACUGGCCAAGUGUUGAUAGAGAGUGCAUGCUCAGUUGAUCGGGUGGAGGAAGCUUUAAGUGCACUACUUCCUAUGCUUCCUGAAAUGCAUUAUUUUCGGUUUAAUCCAGUUGAUGAGCGCUGUGAUAUGGAGCUUGAUGAAACAGAUCCUGCGGUUUGGUCGAAACUUGAGGCUGCAACAGAUGAGUACAUGCAAAAUACAUCCACUGCUUUUAAGAAUCUCUGUGAAAGGUUGUUAGCUUGUCUGCAAGAUGAGAAACAAUUGGAUAAUGUAAAGUCUCAGCAAUUUCCCAAAACAAAGAGUUCAAAAUCUGAUGAGAGUGGCCCUGCUUUAGGCUGGAGGCGGAGUAUCCUUCUUGUGGAGGCUUCUAAUAGUCCAGAUUCUGGAAGAGUAUUUCACCAUGCUCGCUCAGUCGAAUCAUUUUGUACCAAUAAUAGAAUAGGGAUAUCCCUUUUCAAUGGUGUACCAGGGACUGUAAAUGCAGCUGGAUCAAGUUUACCAGCAUCCGUGCCUUCACCUUUAUUCACCGGAAGCUUCCCGUCUAGCCCUUUCCUAUACAAUCCUGAUGUUGGGCCUCAUAAGGUUGGUAGAAUUGAUUUAGUGCCUCCAUUAAGCUUAGAUGGAUUUCAAUCAACAAAAGUGGCUGCAUCACCUCCUGAAUCACCUGCAAAGGACCGGCAGUUAUCUUUGCUAGUCCAAUCUUUGUAUGAGAAAUUACAAAAUUCACCUCAAGUUGGAGUUGUGCACCUGGCUCUUCAAAAUGACCUAUCUGGAUCUAUAUUGAGUUGGCAGAAUGAUGUAUUUGUUGUCGCUGAACCAGGAGAACUAGCAGAAAGGUUUCUGCAGAGUGUCAAACUCAGCUUAUUGUCAAUGAUACGAGGACAGAGGAAUAAGUCUGCAUCAGUUAUCAACAGUAUCUCGACUGUUGCUGAUCUGGUUUCGUGUCGACCAUACUUUCAAAUUGGAGGUGUUGUCCACCGUUUUAUUGGGCGCCAAACUCAAGUCAUGGAAGAUGACCAAGAAAUUGGCGCCUACAUGUUUCGGAGAACAGUCCCUUCAAUGCACAUAACCGAUAAAGAUAUUCGGUGGAUGGUUGGAGCUUGGAGGGACAGGAUUAUAUUCUUCACGGGUCUAUAUGGUCCUACACAAUCUUUAAUCAAGGCAUUUCUUGACUCGGGCGCUAAAGCUGUUAUAUGUCCUGCUGCUGAGCCCGACGAAAUGCAUCUGCCAACAUUGGACGGAUCAGGGGAAUUUAACACUACCGAGAAUGGGAAGUUUGAGAUUGGAGGAGAGGAGUUAGAAAAUGAAGAUACCGGGCCUUCCAGUACAGCCAGUGACUGGGAAGAUGGCGAACCAGAUGAAGAUGGAGGAGGGUGCCCAACGUUGUUUUGGGAUGAUAACGACGGGGAGCUGUCUGGUUUUGUUUCAGCAUUCUACGACGCAUUGUUUCAGGGCAGUUCAAGAAUAGACGAUGCCUUAAAACGAGCUCUUGCCUCCCAUCGGAGCCUGAGGUAUUCCUGUCAUCUUCCCAGUGUAACAUAGUUUGCUCUCUCCCUUCCUUGACCAGACUAUCAAAGAUGGCGUUUUCUGAUGAAAGGCAUUUAAUUCUGAGCACUUACUGUUACCGUUACAGUUACACAAUUUUGUAUAGAGCAUCAUACUUGUAUAUGGAAGACAAACUGAAAAUGAGAAACAAAUAAAAAGAAGAGAUUGCAUAAGAUGCGGAGGUAGAAAACAAACAAACAAAAAAAAAAGGUUUCAUUUAAUUACGAGGCUUUGUUAUUCAUUGAUUUUCCAACACUAAUAAAAUGUCUCAUUUAACUUUUGGUUUUUA